GGGCAAAAACCUGAUGAUUUCAGAAUGCAUUUAGUGACUGGCAGUGUAGGAAAUACUGGUUAAUUAUGUGCAGUGGCUGUGUAGGGUCAGUAGUAUGGCUUGAAGUACAUAGUAACUGAUAAAACAACUGUGUUUUGAUUGUUAUACAAUUGGCCAAGGGAUUAGCAGUACAGUGGCAAGAGUUGUGAAAUCAUUGUUCAGUCAAUUAUUGUACCUGGUUCUGACAUCAGUGUGUUGACAGAGGUUCAAGGCUUUGUUUGCAGCAAGGAAUUCUUUGUGUGAAUUGUGUGGACAAUAUAGACAUAAUGUGACUCUGGGGCAUUUCUGGAAAAAAAUGUUGUUUUAAAACUGGGUUUUAGCUUGAAAAUAUUUUACUUUUUAUCAGAGUCUUAGAUUUUACUUGGCCAUAGUUUGUGUAUGGAAAUUUUUUACUUUUAAAUUAAUCUUAAAGAUGUAGAAGACAUUACACAUAUUUAAAAGUAUUUUUUUUAAUUGGUGAGUGCAUUAUGAUUGGAUUACUCAGCUUCUCAGUUCUAGUGAUAGAAAUUUGCGUGGUGUUCAUUUUUACUCUGCAAAUAUACCCUGACUUGCAUACAGGAGAAUUCUACGGUGACACUUCCUUUUAUGAUGAAAAUUAAAACCUCAACUUGACAAAGUCUUACAAUAGUUGUGAGUGGGUGCAUUAUUUGACAGUUCAAUAUCCAAACCAUUGUUUUGAUGAACAAGUGUAGGAUGGUUACUAUGUAAAGUUAUAAAAUUUCAAUUGGACAUACUUAGGGCUCAACUUGACCUAGUCUGACAGUAGUUGUGUAUGAGCGUGCAUAAUUUGACAUUAGAAAAUCUUCAAACCAUCUAAACCGUGUGUGAUGGUUACCUUGUGAAGUGAUGAAAUUUCGACCAGACACUGUUGGGGGUUACUGUGGGACGUGGGAUACCUCCGAUUACCGCCCCAAAUCGUCCCGUCGACUCUGCUACUCGCAGUAUCCCAGCUCCGAAGACGAAUCCACAUCGUCCAUAGAGUGUUCCAACAAUUUCUAUGUGAAUCUGCAACCGUCAUUUGAAACGUUUGGACCCACUUCCCUGAACCCAGUGAAUAUCUCGCCAGUGGACGAAUCAAACUGUCAUGCCGAAUACAAGAGGAGGCUGCAGAAAGAUCGUCAACGCAGGGAAAAAGGUGUCAGGUUACGGGCAGAACAUAGGCUGAGAUCGCGUGAAAAUAAUUUUGAAGUGAGCUCCGAAGUGGAACAGACAAACCACAUCGCAAACCUAAGAUCGAGGCAGGUGCACAAGCAUUCCCUCGAGUCUAACCCAUAUCCAACUUCCUGCUCGGAAUGGGACGUUUCAGAGGUGACGUCCCUGCAUCUUUCUAAGCGGGAAUACCGCAGGAAAAAGGGGGACGACUGGGAGGUAUUCACGCUGUACCCGGAGCCGACCCCUGCAAGGACAAACAAGCCAGAGAGACGGAGGCGACGAAAGUCUAUCGAAUGGGACACUUCCUCUGUGAUUGAGAAACCUCAUGGCAAAAAUGUGAAGACGCAUUCCUAUGAGAUGAAGAAGUCUCGAUUCUGGGAGGAGCUUUCGACCAUACACAAAGACAAGCCCAGUAACGACUACAGAUCCAAAAGGAACAAAGACUACUAUGAGCCCACUAUACCGAUGGUGGAAAAAUACAAUCCUUCGCUAAUGAAAAGAACGAGACCCAGAUUCAGUUUGACUUCCACCUGCACAAAGCAGUCCCAAAUCAAGGCGAAUCGCGAUGGUCAGUCAGACAUAGACUGGGCAGAGUUAUCGAGUAUUUACCCUGAACGUCACUCGAAACUCUUAGACUCAACCCCUCGUAACCUUAGCGACCUAUCCAGCAUCCACCCAAGCGAGGUCACCAUGACAACGACAUUUCGUAGUGACCCGACAAGCAUUUGCACCAAUCAGGUGCCAGAUAAUCCCAACAAUACUCUUGUCUCUUCAGUGUUACUACAGCAGGGUGGGGAUGCAAACAUUCGCAACACGGACGGCAAGACGGCUCUUGACCUGGCCGACCCUUCUGCCAAGGCUGUGCUCACAGGAGAGUACAAGAAAGAUGAGCUCCUGGAGGCUGCACGCAGUGGCAAUGAGGAGAAGUUGAUGUCCCUACUGACCCCUCUCAAUGUCAACUGUCAUGCCAGCGAUGGACGUAAGUCGACACCUCUGCAUCUAGCAGCAGGCUACAACCGUACGAGGAUUGUACAGCUGCUGCUCCAGCAUGGGGCCGAUGUGCACGCCAAGGACAAAGGGGGCCUGGUGCCAUUACACAAUGCUUGUUCAUAUGGACAUUUUGAAGUCACAGAAAUGUUGUUAAAGGCGGGGGCAAACGUGAACGCGAUGGACCUGUGGCAGUUCACACCGCUACACGAGGCAGCGUCCAAGUCCCGUAUAGAGGUCUGCUCCCUCCUCCUCUCACACGGGGCAGACCCAACGCUAGUCAACUGCCAUUCAAAGAGUGCUCUGGACUCCGCCCCCACUAGAGAGCUCCAGGAGAGAUUACAGUACGAAUUCAAAGGUCAUUCGUUGUUAGAAGGUGCUAGACAGACAGACUUGAGUCGAGUGAGGAAAUACUUGGAGGUGGUUGCGUUCAAACAUCCGUACACUGGUGACACUGCGUUGCAUUGUGCGGCAGCCUCUCCGUUUCCAAAGAGAAAACAAGUUGUGGACGCAUUGAUACGGAAAGGGGCCAAUCUCAAUGAGAAGAACAAAGAACAUCUGACAGCGCUGCACAUAGCUGCAGACAAGGCUCACUAUGAUGUCAUGGAUGUGCUUCUUAAACACAAUGCAAAGGUGAAUGCCCUAGACGGCCUGGGACAGACGGCCCUUCACCGUGUGGCUCAGCAGGGCAACAUCCAGGCGUGUCGUCUGCUCAUCCAGUACGGAAUAGACACCACCAUACGCUCCCUGCAGGGCUACACCGCAGCAGAGGUUGGCACGGAGAACAUACAGAAGAUGCUCAGAGACGACCCCGUGCCCCAGGUGGGUACAGACAUAGACCUACAGCUGCUGGAGGCUGCCAAGGCUGGCGACAUGGAGGUUGUCAAGAAGUUGAUAGCAGCCCAUCCCCACGCAGUGAACUGUCGUGACCUGGAUGGGCGACACUCGACACCCCUGCACUUUGCUGCGGGCUACAACCGCGUGGCUGUGGUGGAGUAUCUGCUACAACAUGGCGCCGAUGUGCAUGCCAAAGAUAAAGGUGGCCUGGUCCCAUUGCACAAUGCCUGUUCCUACGGACAUUAUGAAGUCACAGAGCUGCUCAUUAAGCAUGGUGCCUGUGUCAACGUUGCAGACCUGUGGAAGUUCACGCCACUUCAUGAAGCCGCAGCCAAGGGCAAAUUUGAAAUCUGUAAACUGCUUCUUAAGCACGGUGCUGAUGCCAACAAGAAGAACCGUGAUGGUAACACGCCCCUAGACCUGGUCAAGGAAGGGGACCAGGACGUGGCCGACCUGCUCAGAGGAGAUGCUGCUCUGUUGGAGGCAGCCAAGAAGGGCAACCUGGCACGGGUACAGAAACUGGCCACGGCAGAGAACAUCAACUGUCGGGACACACAGGGACGUAACUCUACACCUCUACACCUUGCAGCUGGCUACAACAAUGUGGAGGUGGCAGAGUUCCUACUGGAGAACGGUGCUGAUGUCAACGUGCAGGACAAGGGGGGCCUGAUACCACUUCAUAAUGCCUCAUCAUACGGGCACAUUGAUAUAGCUGCCCUGCUGAUCAAGUACAACACGUCUGUGAACGCUGUCGACCGCUGGGGUUUCACACCUCUACACGAGGCCUCACAGAAAGGUCGCACUCAACUAUGUUCUCUGCUGCUUGCCCAUGGUGCUGAUCCUACUAUGAAAAAUCAGGAGGGCCAGACCCCCUUAGAUCUCACCACUGCUGAUGACGUGCGGGCCCUGUUACAGGACGCCAUGCCGACAAACUCCCAGCUACCUGUCAUCACCAGCGGCAACAGCAGCACCAGCUCCUCCUGCAACAGUCUGUUCAACGGCACGACAGAUGCCAAUUCAGGUGCCACGGGCGGCGCGCCCACAUCACCGCAGGGAGGGGACGGCGCUAUAGAGCGCACAAUGGCAGAAGGGGAGAGAACUCUGGAAUCCAUGAGCGUGUCCGCAUUCCUCGGGAAUAUCGGUCUAGAGCAACUGAGGGACGUGUUCGAUCAGGAGCAGAUUACUAUGGACAUACUCGUUGAGAUGGGCCAUGAUGAGUUGAAGGACAUCGGGAUUAACGCAUACGGUCACAGGCACAAGAUACUGAAAGGCGUGGAAAAGCUCUUGCAAGGAAAAGAUUUGACCGAGGAUUCUGACAUGAAGACUCCUAGAAGACUGAUAUCGGGCUCGAGCUCAUUCCAGUCCAGUCAGGGAACGGUGCUGAUAGACCUGCUUCCUGAUGACGCCGAGUAUCAGUCCGUGGAGGAACAGAUGCAGUCCACCAUCCGGGAACACAAGGACCGCGCUGGGGGGUACUUCCACAAGUACAGCAUCGCCAAGAUUCAGAAGGUGCGGAACAAGAAGCUGUUGGACAAGUACUGCCACCGCAAGAAGGAGGUCGCAGAUGAGAACCACGGCCAUGACAAUGAACGCCUGCUAUUUCAUGGCUCCCCCUUCCUUCAGACGAUCGUACAGAAGGGGUUUGACGAGAGACAUGCAUACAUUGGCGGCAUGUUUGGUGCAGGUAUCUAUUUUGCGGAAAACUCCUCCAAGUCCAAUCAGUACGUGUACGGUAUCGGCGGUGGUACAGGCUGCCCCCAGCACAAGGACCGGUCCUGCUACAUCUGCCAGCGCCAGCUCAUACUGUGCCGCGUGUGCCUGGGAAAGUCCUUCCUGCAGUUCAGCUCCAUACGCAUGGCGCACGCGCCGCCAGGGCACCACUCAGUCAUCGGGCGGCCCAGUAAUGGGGGUUUGAGCUACCCGGAGUAUGUCGUCUACAGGGGAGAACAGGCCUAUCCAGAGUACCUGAUAACAUUUCAAAUAGUAAAACCAGCAGACGGUGCAGAGGUGCCAGAAUGCAUGCAGAAACCUUGACAACGCCAGUCAGACUGGAAACCAUGACAACGCCAGUCUGAGUGGACCCAGUCCAGUGUUAUGUCUCAGCUCAUGUGUGUUGACUGUUCGAUUCAUUAGAUCAGAAUUGUGACCACAAUGUCAGACUGGUUUUGCUUAUCCUUCUUGUUGGAUUAGUACAUAAAGAAGAGCAACCAGUCGUGUUGGGUCAAGUUGAGUGCUUGCAGAUGGAAAGUUUUGCAACACAACAUUACUGUUAGUCAAUCUGCUCAUAGUGGUAAUGGUUGUAUUUUGACUGGUUACUUGAAAUAGAAAUUAUUUGGAAUCAGACUGGAUACCAGUCUUCCAGCAGGAAGUAGAAACAGAUUUAGACUGUUUAAUUGACACACGCAUUUUUCAGUAUAUAAGAUGACUUAGAUGUCCAGUAACCAGUCCAAUGACAGGAAGUUGUGAUUCUGUUGACGGUAGACUGGUUGUUAGUCACACAAGUGUUUGAGUUUACUCAGCAUAGUUUAAUAUCUAUCCUAUGAAUGGGAAGUUUGAGUUAACUUAUAAUUCUUAAAUAACCGUUCUGUGAACAGAAAGUUGUAUUUAAUAAGUACUUAUAUCGUCAAUUGCAUGAAAAACCAUGGUGACAGGUGUUCGCUUAAGUCAAAGAGACAACAUGUUGAUCAUGUAUGAUGUUAUGACAAUCUGUAUUAAUGUGUUUUUUGUUGUAUUUAUUUUAAGUAUACACUAUUUCUUGUCAUUCUUUCUUAUGAAUUGUGAACACAGGCUUGGCACAAUCCUUUUUAUAUAAACAAGACGAUGCUAUUUUUUUAAUAAAUGUAUCCUUUUUUCCAAAAAAUAAUGUUAACAAUAACAAUUUGACAGCUUAUCAACCAUUUCUGGAGCAAAAUUGUGAGGACUAAAUUGUGUAAUCAAAUAGGCUUGAUCCCAUAUGGCCAGUGUCAGCAAUAUUACGUUUAUUUAACUUUAUUGGCUUAAUAAAAGUGCAUGUUACUGUAGUAUGUAAUUUAAUUCGUCAUGAAUAUUAUUGAUUAAAUAACGUUGACAGACACACCUCGAUCUGUGACAACAAUUUAUUUGAUUGUGUUUCAUGACAGUUAGUUUCUGUUUUUUUAACACACUAGUUACACAACCUAAUAAUGUAUUUUAACUUGAAUAUAUGCGUACUUUAGCAUUAAAAAACAUGAUCAAAUUUUCAUGAUGGGAGAUUUAUUUCUACGAAAAAUAAUUUGUAAGAAAAUAUUCCAGCCAGCUUCAAAGAAAAAUGAGACUACAAGUCAUGAAUAAGUACACUGUUAAUUUUAAAGGUGUUUGUAAGAUAGAAAUUAGAUGCUUUUACUGAUUAACUGGUCCAACAAAAAUGAUACAGAAAUAUUAAAAUUACUAAAUAUGAAUUACUUUGUCUACGUGCAUUUUCAGAUCAUGUGAACUACUGUUGGUUUUCUGAAGUGUUAAACCUGUGUACAUUUCACCACCCUGAUACAAUGUUUUCUGAAGUGUUUAACUGUUAUACAUUUCACCACCCUGAUACAGUUCAUGCUUUUACCUUUUUUGCCAACUUAAAUGCAAGAUACACAGUUCAUUCAAGAUACAUGUACACAGUUCAUGCAAGAUGAACAGUUCAUUUGUUUGUAUAUAUCCUAAUAAUCAUAUAAACAAAAUCAGAAUGACCAUUCUAAUAUUCUACAUAUAUUUAUAUGUAUAAAAGUGUUUUUUUCGUAAGAAUUAACUUGUGUAUUGCAAGAAUGAAACAGAAAUCGCUGACAUAUUUUCGUGUCAAUUACAUACGCCUGUUAGCGAUUUUUUCUGAUUUCAGGGAAAUUUUAUGAAACAAUAUUUCGAUUCACACAACUUUCAGUAACUUGCAUGAUUUGAGAAUGGUUAAAAAUAGUUAACACACUCUUUCAAUAAAGCCAUGUACCUGAAAUCAUUAGAAAGAUCUUUUCAAGAAGAUUCAAACAAUACCAAAAAAAUAACAUUGCCAAAAAUUUCUUUACUGUAAUCAGGAAUUCACACGCCAGUAUGAGCAACGUCGUGCAAAAAUGUUUCUUGUGCCAUUUAUGGCCAGCGUAGCCCCAGAACAGUCUGGUCAGGUGUAACCCUCAUUUGCUAUAAGGUCAUGCAAGGGUUUGUGGUCUUAUAAGCGGAGAUUAUACCACCUGAGGAGACUAAGCAGAUGGCCAGGACAAUCUGGACCUUCUGGUGGUCGCGUUCGGCAUAAGGCCCAUUUUUGCAUGAUGCAGCUUUUUUUGUUAUUUACCAUUUCAUGAUGAGGGUCUUCCUAUACAUGUUUGUGUAGCAGAAGCAGAUCUUGUGGCUUUUUAUACUUAGAGGAUAAUCUCAUCUAUCAGGAAAGCUUGAUCACAUCUACUGGUAUGGGCCUUUUAUAGCUCACCUGUCACAAAGUGACAUGGUGAGCUUAUGUGACCGUGUGAUGUCCGGCGUCCGUAUGUGCGUGCGUGCGUGUGUCUGUCAACAAUUUGUUUGUGUAGACAGUAGAGGUCACAGUUUUUAUCCAAUCUUUAUGAAAUUUGGUCAGAAUGUUUAUCUUGAUAAAAUCUGGGUUGGGAUUGUAUUUGGGUCAUCUGGGGUCAAAAACUAGGUCACUAGGUCAAAAACUAGGUCACAUAAUAGGUCAAAUAAUAGAUAAACCUUGUGUAGACAAUAGAGGCCGCAGUUUUCAUCUAAUCUUUAUGAAAUUUGGUCAGAAUGUUUAUCUUGAUAAAAUCUGGUUUGGGAUUGUAUUUGGGUCAUCUGGGGUCAAAAACUAGGUCACAAGGUCAAAUAAUAGAAAAACCUUGUGUAGACAAUAGAGGUAACAGUUUUCAUCCAAUCUUUAUAAAAUUUGAUCAGAAUGUUUAUCUUGAUGAAAUCUGGGUUGGGAUUGUAUUUGGGUCACCUGGGGUCAAAAACUAGGUCACUAGGUCAAAUAAUAGAAAAACCUUGUGUAGACAAUAGAGGUCACAGUUUUCAUCUAAUCUUUAUGAAAUUUGGUCAGAAUGUUUAUCUUGAUGAAAUCUGGGUUGGGAUUGUAUUUGGUUAGUCAGGUGAGCGAUUCAGGGCCAUCAUGGCGCUCUUGUUUAAAAUUUAAAUUAUUUUUGUCCCCUGCCAGUGAAACUGGAGGGCACUUAUGGUUUGCGCUCUGUCUGUCUGUCAGUCUGUCACACUUUUCUGGAUCCUGCGAUAACUUUAAAAGUUCUUAAUAUUUUUUCAUGAAACUUGAAACAUGGAUAGAUGGCAAUAUGGAGAUUAUGCACGUCAUUUCAUUUUGUUCCUACGUCUAAAAUUCUGGUUGCUAUGGCAACAAAUAAAAAAUAAAAAUUGAUUAUGGUGGAGUUUCACCGGUAGGGGACCAUAUUGCUUGACAAUAGUUUGUUUCAUCAUAUUUCUUAAAGUAAUUUUUGAAAUAUUUUGCUAUAUGUGUCUUUUAUGUAUCAUAAAAAGCGAUUUUUCUUAUUUUAGCUUAGGGCAUGGUUGUCAGUAAAUUUGUAUGUUUUUUAGCUCACCUGAGCACAACGUGCUCAUGGUGAGCUUUUGUGAUCGCCUUUUGUCUGUUGUGCGUUGUGCGGCUUCAACAUUUGACUUGUUAACUCUCUAGAGGCCACAUUUAUUGUCCAAUCUUCAUGAAAUUUAGUCAGAAGAUUAGUCUCAAUGAUAUCUUGGAUGAGUUCGAAAAUGGUUACGUUUGCUUGAAAAACAUGGCUGCCAAGGGGCGGGGCAUUUUUCCUUAUAUGGCUAUAUAUGGCUAUAGUAAAAUCUUGUUAACACUCUUAGAGGCCACAUUUACUGUCCGAUCUUCAUGAAACUUGGUCAGAAGAUUCAUCCCGAUAAUAUCUUGGACGUGUUCAAAAAUGAUGCUGGUUGGUUGAAAAACAUGGCUGCCAGGGGCGGGGCAUUUUUCCUUAUAUGGCUAUAGUAAAACCUUGUUAACACUCUAGAGGCCACAUUUAUUUUCCGAUCUUCGUGAAACUUGGUCAAAAGAUUUGUCCCAAUAAUAUCUUGUUAUCUCAGGUGAGUGACUUUGGGCCUUUCAGGCCCUCUUGUUUAACUUCUCUUAAAUGUUGGGAAAAAAUACGUAGGAACCAAACUUAAACAGUGGUGAUUGUUUAAUAGCACAAAUCUUGGAGAAUGAACACAAUUCUAACGUGAAACUCGCAAAAUUUCAGUUAUUAAAUUUGUAGGUAUCAACUUAAUAAGUUCAAAACUGAUCAUUAGUUUUGUAUACGCCUACCUCUUGACUUGAUGAUUUAUUGGAACAUCCCUUGGGAGAUUGGCGAGUGGAUCGUUAGUCUGGCGGCUCUAAGCAAUACACUUUUAAUUGUAUCUUCACCAAACCUUCAUGAAAUGCUUGUUGAUAUAAAUGGGUCCUUCAUGAAAUAUUUGUUGAUAUAAAAGGGUGACCAUAACCAGACAUAAAAGGCAUCUUAUGGGGUCAAUUGUUUUCAAAGGGCCUUGGCAUAUUUCUCUGUCCAUGACAUUGUUUUUAUCUGUAAAUGAACAACAAUAUUUUGUCCUGACGUGCUGAACAUGUUGUUAAAUCAAAUGCAUCAGGCCUUAAAAAGGCUGUGUAUAAACUAAUCAAGACUCAAAAUGAACCACUAAUUGAUCUUCUUAUAGUUAUUAGAUAAUGUACAAUACUUUAAUAUAGAUUAAAAUGAAUUAUGAUAUAUUUACUUGAAUCAAACGAUUUAUGUACAAAAUAUCAAAUGUUCGUACUACAUACUGUCUGUAAAUAUACAAUGAGAGUUGGUACAUACGUUUUGUCCAUUGGUUGGUCUUGAUUGAACUGUGCAAUAAACUUGCUGCAAGUGUUAUAGUCUGUGUAUAUGUUGUAACUUGUACUGAUCAUUAAUGGACUCACUACUUCAUAAUUGAUUUAAAUCUUCUUUCCUUUUCUCUCUUUACCCGUGCAUUCACCUGCUUUGAGACCUAGUUGAACUGAGAAUGAUGUUUCUAACAAUAGCCAUAAGAUAUUGACUUCUAAAAUAUGAGAAAGGUUAAUUACACUAUGAUUUAUUUUUGCUCUUUUUUUUUGUCGGAUUGUAGGAACUAAUCUUGGAAUGUAUUGGAGAAACAAUUUAACAUAGCAUCAACGCUAGCAUUAAGUUGAUCACAGUAAGGUUUUAGGUGCGUGUGUACUGUCAUUUUAACCGGUCUUCGGAAAACCGGGCUGAAUGCAUGUGCAGGAGUAUCACCCCAGGUUAUCCUAUGUUUGCCACACAGGCCAAUCAGGGACAAUGCUUUCUCCUUAGACUGGAUUUUCUUUUAUGAAAGACUUUCUUGAAAUGAAAAAUGCUGUAAAAACAAAAAGUGUCGUCCCCAGUUAUCUAGCUAAACUUGGAUAUUAUUUUAUGCUCAUUAAUUCAGCCCUGUUUUCACAAAACUCCCUUAUAUAUAAUUGUCAGAUAUAUAUUAACACAUAGUGUUUUUUUUCUCUAAAGGUGUCUAAAAAAAUUCUCUUGGCUCACAAAAAGGCACAACUAAAAACGUCUUUAAUUUAUGUUACAGUAAGUAAGGAAAAACUAGAGAAGUUUCUUUAAUAUGGCCCAUAAUAACAAUACUGUAAGUUUCUCCAGUUAGCACUGAUUAAAUCAUGUCACUUAACCACUUGUUUUCCAUUUAUACCUCAUUGUUAUUUUUUUUUUUUUAUAAAUACGUUUGACACAUGUUUGUUUUGAAAGAAGUGUUGAUAGUAGUGGGUCUUUGUGUUUACCCUUUUGUUUGUCUUCUUUUGAAUCUCCUAUGCAAACAUUUUAUUAAAAAGUUCAAUAGUUACUGCUGAGAGAUUUUGUGUGACCUCUAGUUCUUAGUCUGUGCUUUUAAUAUUUAGUGUCUUGUUUUAAAGAAUGAUUGGUUGUUGUUAUUUAUGGCUGAAUAUUCCAUUAUGAUAGCACUGUUUAAUCGUGCAUAUUGUAUAUUUGCUUUUGUCUGAACAUUGUAAAAUAAACUGAAAAAAACUU